AUGGCUCAGGCUGUGGAAGCCAGGUCGCUAUCGCGACUUAACGCACUAGCUGCAAACCCACCUCAGUAUCCAGUCAACCCAACGGAGCAGAAACAAGAGCCAUUGAUAUUAUACAUUUCCCGCGUGCCUGGCUCACGAGAUGUAAUAUUUUCGCCAUUCAAGCCGCAAUUGAAAAAUGUGACGGGCGAAGAUGUGGCAAACUCCCUUUACUACAUUCACCUGGAUACACCAUCGGACUUUGAUUUGCAAGAGGUACCAAGCACGGCUAGCAGCAAUGAUGGCCAGUUUCCCAGGCCAAGCUUUGAGACUUCUCCCACAAGUAGAGGUGCCGGCGCAGCACCCCGAUCACCUAUUGCAAGGAAACCAUUGCCAGCUUCAGCAAAGGCGUUGUCAAUAAAAUCUCUGCCGGCAACGACACCAGCAGCAGCACCAGUACUAUCCCGAGAUCAUGAACCCGACUCCCCAACCGGCGCAAAGCAUGCACCAGUCAUCAUCAACCCGAAUGAACCGCCGCCUGUCGACAAGCACGUGCAGGAGCCCAAUAAUGAUAUUUCUGAUACUCCUGAAAAGCCACCUCCAAUUCCUCUGAAGGACGGUAGCCCCAUACAAAGGUCCCCAACGCAGCAAGUUCCCAUCACCAGAAAACCUCUGGGGCCCCGAGCGCUGAGCACCCAGUCUACCCGUUCUGUAAACGAGGGAACAGGCAGCCUUCUACAGCCAAAUCAUAACCCAGAUGUCCGUCCCAACUCGCCGGGCUCUACAGCGCACUCGCCUGUUGACCCCCAACUCAACACACAUAUUUCAGACGGCCCAACAGUCCAGCCACCCCGAUCGCCAUCGCCAAAAAAGGGGCCAAAGGACCUGGUGCCUUUCACGCUGACGGUCAUUCGAAGAGAUCCCUCCACAGGAAACCAGUGGAACGUCGGCAAAGUAUCUUCAUAUCAACUCCUCAAUCCUACGGUUCCAACUCUGGACCCCGAAGCGCCACCCUCGUAUGCCGAGUUGGCAGGGCUGGCGCCGACGACCACAACGGCGGCAGCGCUAUCCGUGCCACCAAACAUUAGCAUCCGUCUGGAAACCUCUGGUUAUGCCAAAUUUCGUGGAAAUUUUCCCACUCGAGACAGCAUUGAUAUCAACCGCAGACAGCGAGCAACAUCGGCUGCGUCCUCGAUUACAGGAACUAGUACAGACUCGCUGAGUAUCUUGCGAGGAAGCGGUGCGGUUACCGGCGAGGACUUUUUCACACGCCAGCUGAUAAUGAGCUACCAGAAGAGCUGGACCUCCAACAUCAGAGAAGCAUGGAGGAACAGGAAUCGAAGCAAUAGCAGCUCGCCUCCCCAGCGUGAACCUGAACGACCAUUAUCACCUCUCGAACCACCUCCUAUCUUGCCAUUCCAAGGCCGGACCAGAAGCAAGUCUGGUGGGUCUGUGGAAUCUCUUAGCUCACCAAACGGCUCACCUACCAAGGGCUCAUUCUCGCUACAGGCUCUACGACAAAAUCAAAAAAGCAACGGCCACGGCCACGGCCACGGCCACGGCAACGGCGACCAUGAUCCUCGCCAGCUUAUCACAACCCCUGGGCCAGGUCUUAAGCCACGAGGAUAUGCGUUUGCCAGCCCGUGGGACGGGAUUUGCGAAUUCCGGACCAGCAGCAGCGGGCGCGGCGUUAAAUGUGUCCACUCGCUUCCCGGUGGCCCUCUUCACUCUGACGGAGGGACGCCUAUUGGGACGACCGUCAGCGAACUGCGCUUCAACCUCCCCAGUGCCGAUAUGUUCCGAGAAAAGGGUCAGGAGCUGCAGGGGAAACUUGAUCGUCUCAAGGUUGAUGGACAGAAUCGACUCCAGGAGCAAUGGAACAAAGGUCACAGACGGGCGCAGAGCAGUGUGGAUAGCAACACCUAUUCACACAAUAGCGACGAUCAUGGCGACGUCGGUUUGUCACUAGGCAGAGAGCGGGCCGGAGGAGGUAACCGAGGAAAGCGGGCCAAGCUGGGAAAGCUCAUAGUAUAUGACGAGGGACUGAAGAUGCUCGAUCUGGUAGUGGCGGCCAACGUUGGUGUUUGGUGGGGUGCAUGGGAGAGGAGUUUUUGA